CAUAUACUUACAGAUAUUGAUCAUCGUGUGAGACCCACCAAGUUCUCUCUCUUUUGGGGGAACAUUCUGCUUGUCCCGUUCCGUUGAAGGGACUACUACACACAAUAUAAAUGGGGUUUCUUGAUAAUAUUCCAGAAUGUUUCGGUGCUUACUCAACUAAGAUUAAGAAGAAACGCAAGCCCAAGCAGACAGUUAAUAUCAGGGUGAAAAUGGACUGUGAAGGCUGUGUCAGAAAAGUUUCAGAUGCGUUGGAGGACUUGGAAGGGGUGGAAUCCGUGGAUGUAAACAAAAAGCAGCAAAGGGUAACGGUGACUGGAUACGUUGAUCCAGAAGAGGUGUUGAAAGAAGUGAACAACACAGGAAAGAAAGCUGAUGUUUGGCCAUUUGUUCCGUACAACUUGGUAACUUUUCCAUAUGUUCGUGAGGCUUAUGACAUCAAAGCUCCUACUGGUUUCGUCAGGAACGUGCCUCAGGCACUCGGUGAUCCCAAGUCUCCUGAAAUGAAGCUUAUGACCUUCUUCAAUGAUGAUAACCCAAAUGCAUGUUCAGUCAUGUAAAUCAAAAUUUCAGUGGCAGUGACGUCUGUGAAUACUGAAUACUAUGUUUUCAUGUUUGUAACUUCUUUAUUCGCUAAAUCAUGGAAGCAUAAGACUUAUAUAAUAUAUUCUUUUUCAAUUCUGCUA